AUGAAAUUCUCAAAUGUUGCUACCGCUCUCGCCGCUGUUUCUGUUGUCUCGGCACAGGAAUUAGUUUCCCAAAUUGACGAUGGUCAAAUCCAGGCUACUACUAUCACUUUUAGCCGUGUUCAAGCAUCAUCAUCUGCACCACCAGCUGCUCCAGCUGCUAGUGCUCCACCAGCUGAAAGCAACCCACCAGCUGCUCCACCAGCUGAGAGCAACCCACCAGCUUCCAGUGUUUCUUUGACCACUGUCACAUCCACUGUUGCCAGUGAAUCCGCAUCUGCUUCCGGUUCUGUUUCUACCGUUUCAGCUUCCGAAACUUUGACUGGUGACGGUGGUGCUGCUUCUACUACCACCACCUCCAAUGGUCAACCUUUGAUUUCUCAGUUGACUAACGGUGCUGCUAACAUUGCUGGUUCCGGUGCAGUCGCUGCUGGUUUGAUGGCUGCCGGUGCCCUAUUGUUAUAA